AUGGGAACAUCUCAGAUGUUUCACAUUUUUGUCGUCCUGGGCUCCGCGUUCAUGAUUCUUCUGAUCAUUAUUUACUGGGAGGAAGUCGGAGCAUCCCAUCAGUAUCUACACACUCCCUUCUCACCGAGGCCCAAAAUCCCAAAUCCUGUUCAACAGCAGCAGCAGCAGCAGCCACAAACCCCUCGAACCCCAGCUUUCCUCUCCGACAUCGAUGCCUUUGUCAACCAGUUCUUAGAGCCUGGAACUGGCGAACCCACGGACCAAGUGCCAGCCGAAACAAGUAACCAAUCAGAGAAGGCAGAAGAACGAUAUGUACCUAGGCAGGAGUGGAAGAUUCAUUUAACUCCUGUGGCAGCGGAACUCCGUCAGAGACAGGAGAACCGGCAGAGAUUACUCAAGGAUCUUUGUGCCAAUGACAGCUUUGCGUUUCCUGGCAAAAAACGUUCAUUUGACGAGAUUCCCAUCCAGGAGCUGGAUCAUCUGAUAGUUGAUGACAGGCAUGGAAUUAUCUACUGCUAUGUUCCAAAGGUUGCGUGCACUAACUGGAAGCGGAUCAUGAUGGUUCUAAGUGAGAGCCUGCUUAUUGAUGGUGUUCCCCAAAGAGACCCACUUGCCAUUCACAGGGAUCUGGCACACAACAGCACCAUGCACUUCACUUUUAACAAGUUCUGGAAGCGCUACGGCAAGUUUGCAAGGCACCUCAUGAAGGUCAAGCUGAAGAAGUACACAAAGUUUCUUUUCGUGCGGGACCCUUUUGUGCGUCUCAUAUCCGCCUUCAGGGAUAAAUUUGAGGGGCGUAAUGAGGAAUUCUACCGCCGCUUUGCUAAGAUCAUGCUACGGCGCUACGGCAACCAGCCAACGCCCCCUGAUUCUGUGGAUAAGGCGUUUGCUACAGGGCUGCAUCCCUCUUUCCCCCACUUCAUCCAGUAUCUCCUGGAUCCUCGGACAGAGAAAGAGAGUCCCUUUAAUGAGCACUGGCAGCAGGUGUACCGCCUUUGCCAUCCAUGCCAGAUACAGUAUGACUUUGUAGGCCACUUGGAGACGGCCGUAGAAGACGCUGAGCAUUUGCUACGCUUGCUGCGUGUGGACAAUGUUGUGGAGUUUCCUGCCUCAAACAGGAACUUGACAGCUAGCGACUCGGAAUCAGACUGGUUCAAUUUGGUGCCCCUCGAGGUGCGGCGGGAGCUUUACAAGCUGUAUGAACCCGACUUCAGGCUUUUUGGUUACAGUAGACCUGACUCCGUUCUCAAUGAAUAA